AUGUCAGCUAAUGCACUGCUGGAGCAGGGAGUAUUAACGAUUCACCGAUGGGCUGGAAUGGGAGAUGGCCGGUACAGUGGAGAACACCUGGCGCAGCUCAUCACCACUGACCAUGCCUACACAACCGUACGAAACAACAUCAUGUCAGUUGAUACCAUCCUAAUUGACGAAGUCUCUAUGCUUAGUCUAAAAACACUGGAGACAUUGGAAACAGUUUGCAGAAAGCUAAGGUCAUCGAACCUCUUCUUUGGUGGCCUACAAAUCAUACUGGCUGGAGAUUUUUAUCAGCUACCUCCAGUGCCCAAUCCAGAAUAUGGUGACCACGGUCAAUUUUGUUUUCUGUCUGACGCCUUCAUCUGCAUCCAACACCAGCUGCAGCUUGUCGAGGUGCUUCGCCAGCAAGAUGAUGCUUUAAUCACCUGCAUCAACGAGCUAGCUAGGGGUGAAUAUUUAUCCCAAGGCUCUUGCUCUCUUCUGGCUGAGGUAGCUCGCCAUUUGAAGGCGUCAGGGCAGCUUGUUCUUUUUGCAAGAAAUUUCGAUGCUGAGCUAUUCAACGCAGACCAGCUCAGCCAGCUGCCAGGAAAGCAAACCAUGUACACGGCAACUGACACUGGAAAUAGUCUGGCAUUGAAAAGAAGGGCUAGAGCGCCAAAGUAUGUUGCUCUGAAAGUCGGCGCACCUGUUGUUCUGACCACUAACAUGUCAGAACAACACUUCAAUGGCCUGUUAGGGACCGUUUCAGAAAUUACACCUGAUGGCCCACUCGUCAAGUUUUCAUUCCAAAGUCAUCAACAGGCAAUACUGAUCAGACCUCACCUAUCGUCAAUUUUUUCACCGGCGCAUCAGAAGGUCAUUGCAACACGGAAGCAGCUACCCUUACUGCUUGUGUUUGCAAUGACCAUCCACAAGUGUCAAGGCAUGACACUGUCAUCAGUAGAGGUUCACUGCCAACACAUUGCAGCUGGCCAACUCGGAGUCGCUGUCGGGAGAGUAACGAGCAGGGCAGGACUUCGAGUGGUCGGCUUCAAUCCACACUGCGUGACUCCACAUCCCUUGCAGGUAACUGAGUUUUACAAACAGCUCACGAACAGCGAUGCGCAAGCUGACCUCAGUUGCUGCAAGAAACCACACGCAGUGACAUCAGAUGUGUUGGCACCUACUGCAGAUGACAGUGGCUCCUUAUUUUCCGAAAGCGAAAUGCUCCAGAUUGAUGAAAUGCUGGCCACCAUUCCUGAUGUGCCGGUUCAGCAGGCAGCUGAUGGAGAGACUGUGAUGGAGAGCGGAUGCCUCGAAGCAAGCAUUCGAGAGAUACUCCCUGACCAGAGUCCUCUGUCAGUCGAUGACUUGCUAGCCGAGCUGCGUCCAACAGAUCCGGUGACUCCUAUUCAGCAGCAGUUGAUUGCCAUUGGUGAUACUCUACUUCAUUCUGAGAAAGAGGAUGCAAAAUUUCAUUAA